GCAGGUGGUUGAGUGAGGGAGAUGAUAGAGAUGUGGGAUGGUGUGAAAGACACGGCUUUACACAAGGCCGUGCGAAUGGAGCAUUUGGAGGUGGCCAAGUUACUGAUUGAAGAGGAUCCUGAAUUUGAGUACCUUGCCAACGAUGACGGAGAAACGCCGAUUUACAUAGCAGCAGAGUUGCAAUUUCAUGGGUGCUUGGAGGAAAUGCUUAACAAAUGCAUAAAGCCAACCUAUGUUGGACCACUGGGUCGCAAUGCUCUCCAUGCAGCUAUCUUAUCAGGUUUUGGCUACACUAAAAUAUCUAAGUCAAUAAAGAUUCUGUUUUUUGAGUAUCGCACUAAGGGUAGUCGUGGAGAGUUUGCCACAGAAUGCACAAAAUCACUGUUGAAAAAGAAGAUUUGUUUGUGCGAGCAAACUGAUAUUUUUGGUUGGACACCGCUACACUAUGCAAUAAAAAAUAAGAAUAAUAAAGCUGCGCGCAUGAUACUUAAGAGAAAAACACCUGCAACUUACAUUUGUGCUGGGGGCAAUGACGAGUGGACAACAGCAUUCCACAUAGCAGCAAAACAUGGCAAAGUUGAAAUGAUGAAGGAGAUAUCAAAUAGGUGCCCAGAUUGCUGGGAGAUGGUGAAUAGCAAAGGGCAAAAUAUAUUGCAUGAAGCAAUACUGAGUAAGAAUGUGAAUGUGAUACGACAUAUAGAAGAAAGCUCCGACCAAUUUGAAAACCUUGUGACUCACAAAGAUAAGGAUGGCAACACACCACUGCACCUGCUUGCCUUUACUCGCCGCAGCAUUAGGCACCAAUUUAUAAAAGAGCAUCCUAUGCUGAAUUACUUUGCUUUCAAUAAGAAACACCAAACUAUGUUUGACAUGGAUAUUUGGGACGGAAGGCUAAUAUCGGACAGGACUCUCAGGAGUAAACGACUUCUUCUACAUAGUAGAAAAUUUGCUCACCGCAUGAUUCCAGAUCCGGAACACGGAGUGAAUACUCUUCCUACUAUGGAAAAGAGAUUUGAAGCUGUGAUGAAAAUAAGUAAAACACAGGUCGUUGUGGCAACAUUGGUAUUAACGAUGACCUUUGCAGCGGGUAUUGCAGUGCCAGGAGGAUACCACCAAGAAAAAGGAUACCCAUUAUUGUUACAAAACACAGCUUUUAAGGCCUUUAUAAUUGCUGAUACUAUUUCUUUCCUAUGCUCUUUUUGCUCCAUUGCCGUUUACGUUAUGCUGGUGAGAAAAGCCUCACGUUACUCGAGGAGGCGCUUGGAAAUUCUGGCAAUCCUACAUUUUUGGCAGGCUGGAUUGCUUACUCUCGCAUGUUACGGGGUAGUAAUUGCGUUCCUGUGUGCAAUGUAUGCUACUUUAGCACCUUUACGUCCUCUUGCUAUUGCUGAUUUAAUCUUAGGCUUCUUCAUUCCUAUUGUCGUUAACUUAGCUUAUGUGAUGACACACAAAUUGUUAUGGGUACGCAACAAAUUCAGAUUAUAUAAGGCACGGCAACUUUAAUUUAAUUUGCCUAUAAUGAGGUCGCGUGGGUUGUCUCCUACAAAAAAUUUGGAUUAGAGUGGAAGACAUCAAGAGGUUUGGUCCGUUUGGAGGUCUCAUCCCGAUGGGAGAUGUUUUUUAUCCUCUCUGUUUUGUUCAUCUGUUUUUCUUUAUUUAAUUAUUAUGUUGUUUUUCUUUUUUGGUUUUUCCAUGUUCCUUAUGUAUUUCUUUCUUUGUAGUUUGUACUGUGUAUGUUAUGGGUACUGAUGAGUAAAAUAGUGAUAGUAAAAAGACAG